CCUUUACAACAAUGCACGCGGAUUCAUUCUCAGCCUCAAGUUCAAGAGAUCACUUUGUCAUUAAAGACUUGUCUAUCCACAGCCUAUAAGAUUUGCAUUCCCUCCCUCUCUGUCUCUCUCUUCUCUCUAGGUUCACCUCUAAAACAAGCAACCAUGGAACUUGUGAGAACUUACUCUGUCUCAACCAUUCAUGUCCCAACUUCAAUAAGCAAAACCCAAUUUACCAAACCCAAUUUCUUGAAUUUUCAGUUUAAUCCAAUACCCAGUUCAUGUCUCUUACGAAUUCAUGGAAAAACAUCAUCAAAAUCCAAGCUUUUUACCAUAUCACCAUCACCAUCCUCCGUUUCAACAGACUCGAUAGGCCCACCUGAGCCAGAGGUUGAGGUUGAAACUAAAGGAGAGAAGUUUGAUUGGUAUGCUCAGUGGUAUCCACUCAUGCCAGUUUGUGAUCUGGAUAAAAGGGUGCCACAUGCAAAGAAAGUGUUGGGUCUUGAUGUUGUGGUGUGGUGGGAUAGGAAUGAGAGUGAAUGGAAGGUCUUUGAUGAUACUUGUCCUCAUAGGUUGGCUCCAUUGUCUGAAGGAAGGAUUGAUCAGUGGGGGAGGUUGCAGUGUGUGUACCAUGGUUGGUGCUUCAAUGGCUCUGGUGACUGCAAGCUCAUUCCUCAAGCACCUCCGGAUGGUCCUCCAGUCCACACAUUCAAGAAAGCAUGUGUAGCUGCUUAUCCAAGCACUUUGCAUCAUGGCAUUGUAUGGUUUUGGCCCAACACUGAUCCACAAUACAAAGAUAUUAUUUUGAAGAAACAACCGCCCUUCAUCCCAGAAUUGGAAGAUCCAUCCUAUACCAGAACAAUGGGAAAUAGAGAUAUUGCAUACGGGUAUGAUGUUUUGGUUGAAAACCUGAUGGAUCCUGCUCAUGUUCCCUAUGCACACUAUGGAAUCAUGAGAACACAAACACCGAAAGUGAAGGUUGAUAGAGAAGGGGGCAGACCUGUUGCAUUGAGUGUCAAGAAACUAGACAUAAAUGGUUUUGAUGGAGAUCAGGAGUGGGGUGUUAGUAAAUUUAUCGCACCAUGUAUCUUUUAUGCCUAUACUAAACCUUUGGAGAAUCAAGGUAAUGGAGCUGCAUCGUCGGCUGGGACCAUAAAGCCUUCUGCACAACGGAAAAUGGCCUUAAUUUUUAUCUGCAUUCCAGUUAGUCCAGGAAAUAGCAGAUUGAUAUGGGUCUUUCCUAGAAACUUCGGAGUUUGGAUUGAUAAAGUUGUUCCAAGAUGGAUUUUUCAUGUGGGACAAAACCUAAUUCUGGAUUCCGACCUGUAUCUUCUUCAUGUGGAGGAGCGCAAGAUCAUGGAUGCUGGCCCUGCCAACUGGCAAAAGGCUUGUUUUGUGCCAACAAAAUCGGAUGCCCUUGUGGUUGGUUUCAGAAGAUGGUUAAACAAGUAUGCUGGUGGCGAAGUUGAUUGGAAAGGCAAGUACAGUGGGGCUCUUCCCCCAACUCCUCCCAGAGAACAGCUGAUGGGCAGGUACUGGUCCCAUGUGGUAAACUGCCGCAGUUGCAAUGCUGCACACAAGGGCCUCAAUGCUCUAGAGGUUGUUCUGCAAGUCGCUUCUCUAGCUUUCGUUGGGAUUGUUGCUGCAACCAAGCAGAAUGUCAUGUCCCUAGCUGCAAGAAAUACUAUGAUAGCAGUGGCAGUAGUAUGCUUUGCAGGAUCAAAAUUGUUGGCUCACUUCAUCUACAAAAACUUCCAUUACCAUGACUACAAUCAUGCUUUUCGCUGAGGCAUAUACUCAUACUGUUUACUGCAAAACAUUACUGAGUCAGAGGUCUAAUGUACAGUUGUAAAAUCAGAUG